CGCAGCCGCCGCCGCCGCCGCCGCCGCCUCGGCCGCCCAGGAGCCGUCGCCAGCCCCGCCACAGCGCCACCGCCCCGCAGCCCCGCGUCCCCGCAGCAUCCCCGCGCCGCCGUCCCCGCCCCGCCGCUGGAUGCCGGCGGCCGGCGGCCGAGCUCGCAGACGCGGAGGGCGGCGCGGGCGGCGGCGGCGGCGCGGGCCCGAGCGCUAAAGCCAUGCCGGGCUCCAGCGGGCAGCCCGACGCUGGCGGCGCGGGAACCGGGACCACCGCCGGCGACCCCGGGCAUCCGCACCUUGCACUCGCGGGAGCGGAGGAUGCCGCGCCCCGGCCGCCACCCGAGCCCGACGACGCGGCCGCUGCGCUGCGCCUGGCGCUGGACCAGCUGUCCGCGCUCGGGCUGGGGGGCGCGCGCCCCGGAGAUAAGGAGGGGACGGCUACGCGCAGCGCGGACGGGGCGGCGGAGCGCGAGGAGGACGGGUCCGCGCCCCCCGACGAACUCGAGACGGCCAUGGUGCCCCCGGUGACUGGUGCGCCCUCAAUGGGCGUGGGACCCUCCAUAACCGGUGCACCCUCGAUGGCUCUGGCACCCUCGGUGACUGGUGCACCCUCGAUGGCUCUGGCACCCUCGGUGACUGGUGCACCCUCGAUAGCGCUGGCACCGUCGGUGACCAGUGCACCCCCGAUGGCCGUUGGACCCUCGGUGACCUGUGCACCCUGCAUGGCUGUGGCACCCUCGGUGACCGUGGCACCUUCGAUGGCACUGACACCCUCAGUGACUGUAGGACACUCGGUGACCCUGGCACCCACAAUGGCUGUAGCUUCCUCGGUAGCCCCCGGCGGGCUGCCUCUUCUGGACCCCGACGUGAGCCCCCGGCCAUCGCCCCCAGACGUGUUCGCCAGCUUCGCGCCACACCCGGGCGCCUUGGGUCCCUCGACGCUGCUGGCUGAGCAGUUGAACGUGAUCGGCAGUCGAAAGAAGAGCGUGAAUAUGACCGAGUGUGUGCCGGUGCCCAGCUCGGAGCAUGUUGCGGAGAUCGUGGGUCGUCAGGGGUGCAAGAUCAAGGCUUUGCGUGCAAAGACCAAUACCUACAUCAAGACUCCCGUGCGUGGCGAGGAGCCAGUCUUCAUCGUAACUGGGCGCAAGGAGGAUGUGGAGAUGGCCAAGCGCGAGAUCCUGUCGGCCGCCGAGCACUUCUCGCUUAUCCGAGCCACCCGCAGCAAGGCAGGCGGGCUGUCGGGGGCCACCGCAGGUCCCCCCAACCUGCCCGGCCAAACGACCAUCCAGGUGCGCGUUCCCUACCGCGUGGUGGGGCUGGUGGUGGGUCCUAAGGGUGCCACCAUAAAACGGAUCCAGCAAAGGACGCACACGUACAUUGUGACCCCUGGUCGUGACAAGGAGCCAGUGUUCGCAGUGACCGGAAUGCCUGAGAACGUGGACCGUGCGCGGGAGGAGAUCGAGGCGCACAUCACGCUGCGCACCGGGGCCUUUACAGACGCAGGGCCCGACAGCGACUUCCAUGCCAAUGGUACCGACGUGUGUCUGGACCUGCUGGGAGCCGCCGCCAGCCUCUGGGCCAAGGCCCCCCACCCGGGACGGAGGCCCCCAGCCACCACCAGUGGCCUGCGUGGGGACAGCGUCCUGGGCGCAGCCAGCACCCCUGAGCCCUUCUACGUGGGCAGCCGCGGAGGGCCACCCCUACCGGACCCGAGUCCCAGCAGCCCUUAUGGGGGCUCAGGCAACGGGGGCUUCACGUUUGGUGGGGACGGACCCGGAGCCCCCACGGGGACAGCCACCCCCGAGGACUGCGACUUUGGUUUUGACUUCCUUGCGCUGGACCUAACUGUGCCUGCCACGGCUACCAUUUGGGCACCCUUUGAGCGAGCUGCACCCCUGCCAGCCUUCAGCGGCUGCCCUGCAGUCAAUGGGGCACCCGUACAACCCAGUGCAGGCACACGGCGCAGCAGCAGCGGGGCUUCCAGCACGCCACGCCACUCACCCACGCUGCCCGAGCCUGGAGGACUGAGCCUGGAGCUGCCGCUGGCACGCAGAGGUGUCCCGGAUCCAGUGGGUGCUGUGCCUUGGCGACCCCCGCAGAGCACACUCCCGCCCUUCUCCGGCAGCACCACUUUCUCCACGGCCCCGUCUCUGCCCAGCACCACCCCCGUGUCCUCCACCUUGGACACCGUCGCCUCGGAGGGCAACCACAAGCCAUCUACCACAGCAGCGAACUCCUCUGCAUCCGCAGCAGUGCCCAGCCCACCCGCAGCAGCCUUGGCUCGUGAAUGCGUGGUGUGUGCAGAAGGUGAGGCCAUGGCCGCCUUGGUCCCCUGUGGCCACAACCUUUUCUGCAUGGAUUGUGCUGUCCGCAUCUGUGGGAAGAGUGAGCCAGAGUGUCCCGCCUGCCGCACACCUGCUACCCAAGCCAUUCAUAUCUUUUCCUAGUUUCACCCCUACUUCACGGGGUGGCCCUGGCUUCCCCAAGCAGGAGGUCCUUGGACCUCAGGGGUGGGAGAGGGGGGACAGGGCAGGGCCUGACUUGGGAGAGGUGGGGAGGGAGAGGGGCCCACGCGUGUCGCAAACAGCUUUAACUCCUGCAGCAGGCGUCGAGGCCAUCAGCUUGCGGCCCAGCGGCAGCGCCUCCGCUCUUGACAAGUGACAGUAUUGAGUGAACCGGUGACAAUAAAACCGGAGAAUUCUCUGUUUGCACUUUUUAUUAAGACACCCCUCCCCGUUUCUGGGGUGAUCUUAAAACAAAAAAAUAACACGAUAUUUACAACUCUCA